GGAGGGAGAAAGUGUGGUCUGAAAACGACCACUGCAAAAACUAUCUUCGCUUGUUAUCCAAUAAAAAGAAAGAAGACGAAGAAGAAGAAGAACCGCUCUGACAAAACUUCUUUGCCUCACUCUCUCCUCUGAUCAUUUUUCAUAUCUUGACUCUCAUAAACCCUUUCUUUGAUUCACGUUUUCCUUUUCUUUUAUCUCUCAUUGACUAUUCGCCCUCGUAUCUCUCUCUCUCAACUCUUGUGAUAUUUAUUCAAAGAUGCUUCCAUGAAAUUUGGUUCUGCUCAGUGAAUCUUCUCUUCUUACUCCAUCAUGAGUGACUCCACUAACAGCGUCUCUCCUUCCUCUGAUUACGCCUCCAUCUCCUCCGGCGACCAGAGUCUUCAGCGGAGUCGAAGGAGUGGAGAUGGAAACCGAGCCAUUGUCCGUGAGUCUCGCCACUGGCAUGAUGUAUUCUGGUCAGCUAUCUUUGUGAUCCACAUGAUUUGUUUGGGAUUUGUGCUCGCCGUGCUUGGACUCAAUAGGUUUAGAAUAUCAGAUAGGUUAAACAUCGAUAGGUACACUCAAGGGUUCUUGGAGAAUCAUAAAGGUCUGACUGAGGAUUACUGGCCUCUCUAUGCUGUUGCUGGUGGGAUUGGAGUCUUUAUCAGUUGGGUUUGGUCAUUGCUGCUUGGCUCUUACGCCAAUGAGAUGAUGAAAGUUUCGGUUCACAUCUUGACAACCUAUCUAGCUGUAGUUAGUGUACUGUGUUUCUGGUGCAGACAGUUCUUUUGGGGCGGUGCAUUCGCUGUUGGAGCUCUGUUACAGUUCUUGUAUGUUAUUUCAGUUAUAGACAGACUUCCCUUCACGAUGCUUGUUCUGCGGAAAGCGCUGAAAUUAGUUUGGGGACUUCCUAAGGUGAUAAUGGUGGCACAUGCUUUCACAGUAGUAAUGCUUUUGUGGAUGUCUCUAUGGUCUUUUGGAGCAGCUGGUGUUGUGGCAUCGAGCAUGGGUGAUGAGGGACGAUGGUGGCUUCUUGUGGUUCUUUCGGUUAGCUUAUUCUGGACAGGCGCUGUGCUAUGUAACACUGUCCAUGUUAUAGUUUCUGGGAUGGUGUUUCAUGUUCUCUUUCACUGUGGUCAAGAAGAGUCAUCAUCGGUACCUCCUAGCUCUUUGAUAGACUCACUUAGGUAUGCAGUGACAACAUCAUUUGGGAGCAUAUGUUACGGGUCACUCUUCACUGCUGCCAUUAGAACACUUCGCUGGGAGAUAAGGGGAUUCCGGUCCAAGAUUUGUGGAAACGAAUGUCUACUUUGCUGUGUUGAUUUCCUGUUUCAUCUAGUUGAAACUCUAGUCCGGUUUUUUAACAAGUAUGCAUACGUCCAGAUUGCGGUGUAUGGAAAAGGAUUUAACAAAUCAGCAAGAGACGCGUGGGAAUUGUUUCAGUCGACAGGUGUAGAGGCACUUGUUGCAUAUGACUGCUCUGGUGCUGUACUUCUGAUGGGAACCAUCUUUGGAGGACUCAUCACAGGCUCUUGCAUUGGUAUAUGGGCUUGGAUCAAGUACAGUGACCGAGUUAUAAUGGUUGCAUCUACGGCUAUGUUGAUGGGAAUGGUUCUUGUGGGUUUAGGAAUGGUGGUAGUGGAGAGCGCGGUGACGUCAAUAUACAUAUGUUUUGCUGAAGAUCCUUUGUUGAUUCAAAGAUGGGAUGCUGAUUUCUACACUGAGAUGUCUGAGGUGCUUCAUCGCCGUCUCCAACAUCGUAGCUCUCGAGCCCGUGAAGUUUCGACUACCGCUUGAUUAGCCCAUGCCUCUUGGAAAAUAGGAGAUAUAACUGUAGAAUAUUAUGCUAUUAGAGGGUGCUAAAAGCGGCCUAACCCGUCUGGCUAGAACUAUUUUGUCAAAUGAUUUAUGCUUUCCAUUUGCUAAAAUCUAAUAUAUUGAUUUUGUGUUUA